ACAUUUUUCUUUACUCUGACUACGAUGCGUAUAAAUACCAUUCAAGUUCGCCUAUUAAAUUAGUUAGUGGAAUUGCUUCAUCUCAAUAACUAUUUUUACAGCAAGUAUUGUUCUCAAUUCAAUUUUUGUGGGUCAUAUCAAAAUGACGGUAGUGCCAACGAUAAAAUUGUUUAUUUUUGCUUUAAUACUUGGAUUAUUCCAAACACAUGCGAUUCAAAAUGUCGCCGUGAUUGGAGCUGGUGCUGCCGGUCUUGCUAGUGCAAAACAUGCCCUUGACUAUGGAUACAAUGUAACGAUUUAUGAAAAAAGCGAAAAACUUGGUGGUGUAUGGUAUUAUACAGAGAAAACUGGCAACAAUUCUUUUGGAGUUCCCGUUCACAGUCCCAACUAUCAAGGAUUAAGAACAAAUGUACCCUAUCAAAUCAUGGAGUAUCCAGAUUUUCACUAUCCUCCCGGAACAAAAUCAUAUCCAACUGCAAAAGAAGUUUGGAAUUAUUUGGAUUCAUAUGCAAGAGAGUUCAAAUUGUCGGGUCUCAUAAAAUUGAAUCAUUUGGUUGAAAAUGUGAUACCACUUGAAAACGGCAGUUGGCGUGUAUAUGCCAAGGCGUAUCCAACCAAAACACUUGUAUCGAAAGUAUUUGAUGCGGUUCUUGUUUGUACAAAUUUGUAUUCAUAUCCAUAUACUCCAGAUAUUGAUGGCAUAAACGAUUUUAAACUCAAAAAAAUACACAGCCAUGAUUAUCGUAAAGCUGCCGAUUUCCGCGGAAAGGAAGUUCUUAUUAUUGGCGGUGGACCAAGUGGUGUAGAUAUUGCUCAAUUAAUCUCAAAGACUGCCAAACGUGUGAUGCUCAGCACAAACACAGAUAUCUUGCUAUCGGAUGAUGUACGUCAAAAAUUAUACGGCAAAAAUAGUACAUUCAAACCAGUUGUGAGACGAUUGACGUCAAAUGGAGCCGACUUUGAAGAUGGAACGUCACAAACAUUCAACGCAGUUAUCUUUGCAACAGGUUAUCGAUAUAAAUUCCCAUUUUUGAAAAAUGCUGGUAUCAAAACCGAUGACAAUUUAGUAUAUCCACUUUUCAAUCAAAUUUUAAAUGUCAACUAUCCUACGAUGGCAUUAAUUGGUAUACCAUACUUGGCGAGUUUUUACAGUUUUAGUAUGGAGGCACGUUUUGCAUUAAAAUUCAUCUCUGGAGAGUUAAAGAUGCCCACAAAAGACGAAAUGAAUUUUAAUUUUAAUGAAUUUAUUGGACAUCUAAGGGCGAAUAAUAUACCCAAAAGUAAAAGUCAUUUCUUGGGAACGUAUACCAAAAUUUACUAUGAUUAUAUUGCGAUGGUUGCAAAAAUUGAGACAAUUCCAUCAUAUUACGGUGGCGUUUAUGCAGACGCAAUUCAAAGUUUUCAUACUGAUCCGAUCGGAUUCCGCAAUUACAAAUACAUAAUUGAUGGCGAUAGUUUUGAUAAAGUAAAAGAAAAAUGACGUAAAUAAUGUAAAUAAAAAAUAAAGAGUCUUACGGAAGUAAGACGAACUGUUCCGCACAAGA